UAUCCUAGCAGAAUCUAAAUUUCGUUUUGUUAAUUCAAAACAAAGUUCAGAUAUGUCAUUAUUCAGCGUUAAUAAAUGCUUGAAAGGCGCUUCCCAAUUAGUGGCUGUGAGGUAAUGGCGGUUGAUAUUAUCAGCUUCCCUUAUUGCAGAGUGAGUAGUGGUAAUAAAAAUUAAAAUACUGCAAAAACAAGGUAAGCUUGUCUGUUUUGUGGCUCAGAUAACGACCGUAAAUGAAAAUGAAAGUUUGCUGGUAAAACACAUUUAUAACUUUUUAGGAAAUGAAGUCUUAAACAGGUGUACAAUAUUAUCAGCGAUCUGCGACCAUUUUCUAGAUUAACUUAAAGCCAAUAUCUGCGUCGAAUGAAAAAGGAUAAAAAAUUUACAGGGCUUCCAUAAAAAAUAAGGAAUACUAAACUGUUGUGAAAUUUUUGUUAAGUUUUUCACAAGAUUUUAAUUGCAAUAUUCAAAAUCUCAAAGUGAUUUUGUUGGUUUAGUUUAGCUGAUAAGUGAUCAUGGGUGAGCGAAAUGUUUUUUUUGAUAAGAUAGAUGGGUAUUAACUCCUAUGAGAAGGUGUUCUAUACAGUGCGCUGCACAAUAUUCUGGUGGCCAAACAGAAAGGGGAGUCAUGAGAAGAAUUUGCCAGCUCUCCGUCGUGUUUUCGGUUUUGACUAAAAUUGAGUCAGCCUGCAGGAAGCAAGAAGGUGUCGGUUGUCAGUGUUCGCGUGAUCCGAUUUACAACGGGAUCGAGGCUAAGUGCAGUGAUGUGUCGAAUGAUAGCUGGACUCAGUUUGUUUACGACGCAAGGGAUGUCACAACACUAAAUAUCAGCGACAAUCGUCACAUAUCCGUUUCUACGAGAGCCUUAGCAAACUUCACCCGAUUGCUUGUCUUAGACACAAGCGGUAACGCAAACUGGGUCACGCAAGAGCAUCUGUCCCAAAUGCGCAUGCUACGAGUGCUGAUCGGCACACCGCUGGACAGUCCGCAGUGUCUGCAGUGCAUCUUACUGAGAAACACAUCUUCAUUCCUCAACGACAGUUGGUGGGCAUCCUCAACAAUGAAAAAAAACUUAGAUCACACAACGCUACCAAUAGUGCAAUACAAUGGUUGCUAUGGCUACAUGUUCCACAUUCCUCUAAAUGCCAUUCGAGGAUUUGCAAGACAGCGUUUCGAUCUGAGGUGCAUCGGACAACUAAAAAACCCUCACAAGCAGCGCAUUGAUUCGGAGAUGACAUGCGCAUCCCACGGUGGGAGGAUAACGCUGACUAGGUUGAACCGCUGCUGGGACAAGACAAACAAGAUCAAUUUUGCCAUGUACCCAUUCUCAGCAGCUUCCUUGUUACUUAACGGCAUGAUCAUUGCUGUGACUGCCACGACGUCGAGUCUUAGGUCUAAUGCGAUGAUGUUCCUGAUGGGGAACAUGGCAUUCGGUGAUUUCUGCUUCACUCUUUCUCUUCUUCUGAUGACCAUAGCUCAAUCUAUUCCACGGAAGGUGUCGGUUGUCAGUGUUCGCGUGAUCCGAUUUACAACGGGAUCGAGGCUAAGUGCAGUAAUGUGUCGGAUGAUAGCUGGACUCAGUUUGUUUACGACGCAAGGGAUGUCACAGCACUGUAAGUAGUAUCUAUAUGGCCAUCCCUAGCAAGUCAGUAUGAAUAGAGUAAAAAAAUAGGAUUUGCUGAGGAGUGUUAAUAACGGUGCUUACAUCUCCCUAUAAAAUGUCAGCUACGCGGACGUAACCUUUUAACAAACGUUGAAAUCCUCCUGGUAUCCAUCCUUCCUUUAAGUCACUUUAAGUCUAUUACUUUUUAUAUUCUCUUUUUUAUUCCUCAUCUUAUCAUAGAUAUAUUUAGCUUUAGUGUGAUUUGCAGCAGGAUACUUUUUUGUUUCUAAUGGAUAUUUUUCUUGUUACUGAUACAAAUAUACUUUUCAGAAAUAUCAGCAACAAUCUUCAGCUACCACCUUCUACAGCAUCUACAGCUACAACCUUCACACGAUUGCUUGUCUUAGACACAAGCGGUAAGGCAAACUGGGUCACGCAAGAGCAUCUGUUCCAAAUGCGCAUGUUACGAGUGCUGAUCGGCACACCGCAGUCAGUCCGCAAUGUCUGCAGUGUGUCUUACUGAGGAACACAUGUGGUCAUCCUCAACGAUGACAAGAAACUUAAAUCACACAACGCUACCAAUAGUGCAAUACAAUGGUUGCUAUGGCUACAUGUUCCACAUUCCUCUAAAUGCCAAUCGAAGAUUUGCAAGACAUCGUUUCGAUCUGAGGUGCAUCGGACAACUAAAAAACCCUCACAAGCAGCGCAUUGAUUCGGAGAUGACAUGCGCAUCGCACGUUGGGAGGAUAACGCUGACCAGGUUGAACCGCUGCUGCGACAAGUCGAACAAGAUCAAUUCUGCCAUGUACCCAUUCUCAGCAGCUUCCUUGGUACUUAACGGCAUUGUCAUUGCUGUGGCUGCCACGACGUCGAGUCUAAGGUCUAAUGCGAUUAUGUUCCUCAUGGAACAUGGCAUUCGGUGGUUUCUGCUUUACUCUUUCUCUUCUUGUGUUGACUACAGCUCAAACAAGGUUGUCUUUUUACGAGUAUGAGAAACUGAAGAGAAACUGCAGAGAAACUGAAGAGAAACUGAAGAGAAACUGAAGAGAAACUGAAGAGAAACUGAAGAGAAACUGAAGAGAAACUGAAGAGGAAACUGAAGAGAAACUGAAGAGAACCUGGUUUUGCAGCGCUCUUGGAUUUUCUUUCUUGUUCUCGUUUUUGUCGUCGGUGGGAGCCUCUACGCUGCUCACAGUUUAAAGAUAUCUUGCUGUAGUCUUUGCGAUGAAACCCGAUGAAAUCCAAGUUUACAUACCAAACUUGCCCGACAGCUCAUCAUCAUAGUGCAUUUCUUCGUGUUCAUCCUCAAUAUUCUGCCAUAUACGUUUUUCAAGGAGAAUUAUUUCUUUAAUAACUAUUGUCUACCGAAGAGACCACCGUCAGCAAGCAAACAAUUACUGGACAUGUGAGCGGCAUUGUGGCUUGCGUACUUAUCUUUUAUUCUUAUUUUACCGAUAUACUUUCAUAUCUAAUUCAGGUUGCGCAAAUCAAGCCAACAAGCUGGUGUACAGAACACAGUGAACUAUAAGAUAAUUCGCAGAGUAUUUCUGAUUUCUCUCACUAACUUCACGUUUCUCUUGGUUCCUCUUAUUAUUCACAUCUUGGCUGAAGGGUCAAACAAGUUUGUUUUGGCGUCCCCGGUGCGUAAGAAGCAAUGGACAUAGCCGGAGACACAACUCACUUUUAUACGCAUUUAGAAAUGAUAAAUUUCUAAACGCCCUAAAUAAAAACCUGGGAGUAAAGGGUAA